UUGCGCCGCUGCUGCGCGGGGGCUGAGCGCGAGGCCAGCGCCAGGUGCCCGUCGGCGGCCGGCAGCGGGGCUGAGCGCGUCCGAGCGCGAGGGAGUGUGUGCGAGCGCCCCAAAAGCCAGGAGCGAGGGGAGGGGACGGGGCGAGCGACGGCGGGCGCAUGCGCUCGGGCCGACCGUGCCAUAUUGGAAUGAGGCGGUGAGCGGAGCGCCGGCGAGCCUUGCCCGAGCCCCGGCGGCGGCGCAGGGCUGGAAAAACUCCCCGCAGCUGAUCUUGACUCAGCAUCAUUAUGACUGUGUGGCCUCCAAAAACUGUUCCUUUGCUGCGCAAGCACUUGUGUGUGGACUGCAGUAUGACCCAACUGUCAGUGUAUUGCUCUGCUGUGAAAACAGCUGUAUGUUAAGUUUUUGUCUGAAUAACCCGGAAGCAUAUAGAAACGAAGACAGUGGAGAGCAGAUGAGAUCAAGGCAGUGACAGAGGUGGCUCCAGCAACUUACAGCUACCAAAGGAUUAUUGCCAGAUCGCUGUGGAGAUGAAUGGAGAACAGCCGCAGGAGACAGAUGCAGGAUCUGGUGUGGAAGAGACUGAAUUCAAUUGGGAUGAGUAUUUGGAAGAUACAGGAGCACUGGCAGCACCCCACAGCUUGUUUAAACAUGUGGAUACUAGUCUUCAAAAUGGCUUUGCACCUGGCAUGAAAUUGGAGGUUGCUGUCAAACCUGACCAUGAUACAUAUUGGGUAGCCACCAUCAUUACCACUUGUGGGCAAUUACUGCUACUACGAUAUGAUGGUUAUGGAGAGGACCGGAAAGCUGACUUCUGGUGUGACAUUAUGACAGCUGACUUGCACCCAAUUGGCUGGUGUGAACAGAACAAGAAGAUUCUUAGAGUGCCUGAAGGCAUCAAGGAUAAAAUUGCUAACCAGGAAGAAUUUCUACAUCAAACUUUGAAGGGGGCUUGCAGUGCUCCUGCCAACCUUCUAGAAGGGCUCCAUAGAGGGAAGAAUCCCUUAGAUCUAAUUGCACCUGGUUCAAGACUAGAAUGUCAGCACUUGAAGAAUUCCUUGGGAGCUUGGAUAGUCAAUGUAAUAGAUAACAUUGGUGGAAGGCUUAAACUGCGCUAUGAAGGACUUGGAGAUUUGGAUCAGUAUGACUUCUGGAUGUACUAUUUGGACCCCUUUCUCCAUCCUGUGGGUUGGGCAACUCAGCACAGUUUCAUCCUUGAACCUUCAUUAGCUUUUAGGCACUUGAAGACUGAGGCAGAAUGGCAGGAGAUUCUAGCAACAGUAAAACAGGAAGAAGAGGAAUCUUUGGUACCCACAGAUUUAUUUAAGGACAAACCUGUUGUUGGAAUCCACUCAUUUUCAGUGAACAUGAAGUUAGAGGCUGUUGACCUGGAAGCACCUUUUAUCAUUUCACCAGCUACUGUUACAAAGGUAUUCAAUGAUAAAUAUUUCAUGAUAGAAAUAGAUGAUUUGAGACCGGAUCGUUCCACAAGAAAGUCUUAUGUUUGUCAUAUCAACAGUGCUGGUAUUUUUCCUGUGCAGUGGAGUCUAAAAAAUGGCUUGCAUCUCAGCCCUCCACCUGGCUACCCUGGGCAAGACUUUGACUGGGCAGACUAUCUCAAGCUGUGUGGAGCUGAGGCUGCUCCCCAGAGCUGUUUUCCUUUGCUAAAUUCUGACCAUGGUUUUAAGGAGAACAUGAAACUAGAAGCUGUGAAUCCACAAGACCCAGAAGAAAUUUGUGUUGCUACAGUUACAAAGGUGAAGGAUUCCUAUCUCUGGCUACAGCUAGAAAGCUCUAAUGUACCAGUCCGUGACUGCAUUGUGAGCGUAGAAUCUAUGAAUAUAUUUCCAGUAGGUUGGUGUGAAACUAAUGGAUAUCAGCUCAGACCUCCUCGCAGAGGAGUAGUGAACAAGGAGAAGAAAAUUGCAGUGGUCCAACCAGAAAAACAAAUAUUGACUUCAAGGACUGUCCAUGAGGGACUAAAGAGCCAGGAACUGAACUCAGCUGACACAGUUGUAACUAAUGGUAAAUACUGCUGCCCAAAGAUCUACUUCAAUCAUCGCUGCUUCUCGGGACCAUACCUUAAUAAAGGUAGAAUUGCAGAACUGCCACAGUCUGUGGGGCCUGGGAAUUGUGUCCUUGUUCUUAAAGAGGUUCUCUCUCUGUUGAUCAAUGCUGCUUAUAAACCCAGCCGUGUUCUUAGAGAAAUACAAUUGGAUGAGGAAGCUGCGUGGCAUGGAUAUGGAGAAACCCUGAAAGCAAAGUAUAAAGGAAAGAGCUAUCGUGCCACAGUGGAAGUUGUAAGAACAGCUGAUCGGGUGGCAGAAUUCUGUAGGCAGACCUGCAUCAAACUGGAGUGUUGUCCAAAUCUCUUUGGGCCUCAAAUGGUGCUCGACAAAUGUUCAGAGAACUGCUCUGUUUUGACAAAAACCAAAUAUACUCAUUACUAUGGGAAGAGAAGAAACAAAAGGAUUGGCCGGCCGCCAGGUAUCCACAGCAACAUAGAAGCAAGCAUGAAGAAGGCAAGCAAGAAAAGAAAGAAGCGGAAAAACUUCUUUGUUCAUAAGAAGAAACGAUCUACCUCUGUGGAUAACACACCAGCUGGUUCACCUCAAGGCAGCGGGGGUGAAGAUGAUGAUGACCAGGAUGAAGUGGAUGAAGAAUCCCUAACAGAGGACAGCGCCUCAGACCACCAAGAUGAACUGCUGGAAGAAUCUGAAGUGUCAGAGAAGAAAUCACUGUCUUCCUCACCAACACAGAGCGAGCAGUCACAUUUUGUGGCUCAAGACCGGGACAAAAGGAAAAGGAAGCUACGUACUUUUUCUUUCUCAGAUGAUGAAAAUAAGCCUCCUUCACCAAAGGAAAUCAAGAUAGAAGUUGGUGAAAAGCUGCAGCUGGAUAGCAACCCUUUGGAAUGGAGCGUAGCUGAUGUUGUGCGAUUCCUCAGGUCCACAGACUGUGCUCCAUUAGCUAGAAUAUUUCUGGAUCAGGAAAUAGAUGGACAGGCACUUCUCCUUCUUACUCUUCCUACUGUUCAGGAAUGCAUGGAUUUGAAGCUUGGUCCAGCCAUUAAACUUUGCCAUCACAUUGAAAGAGUGAAAUUUGCCUUCUACCAGCAGUUUGCUAACUAGGAGAGGGGGGCAGCAAGUUGAAACUGAAUUUUUGAAGCACAACUGCAGUCUCCUGCUCUUCCUUCAGCAGGGGAAGUCAAGGAAGAUCUCAUGGAAACUGCUUAUAAACUGGCAUUUGCAGCCUUGCACUUUGAGAGAAGGGAAAAGACUCCUGGAGCAAAAUGUUAAUGCAUUCCUGGCUAUCUUCUCAAAUAAUGCUCAUUCUGUACAUCAGAGCUUUUUCUUCUAAGAAAUAAAAGUGGUUUGAUGUCUCUCCUCUGAGGGGAGAAAUACUGUUUUCUUGUUAUGGUCUGGAAAGAGCCAAACUGACAGCAUGUCUAAGGGAAUGCAAUUUGGUGGAAAUCUCCCCUUAACAUUCACAGGACUGUCCCAAUGUUCUUUGUCUUAAAAUAAUACUUUAAAAGGAAAGCUUAGUGCGUCAAGGUGAGGUGGCCAAAAGCCUGUAAACAAAAAAGUAUAGUCAAGUUUUACUUGUUUGUGAUGUUAUUUUGGAGCUUGCUUUCUACCUCUGCAAAUUGAAAGUGCUACAAGAUAAAUACAUUCAUUUGAAAAGAUCCUAUAGGGCUACACAACAGGUAUUUUGCUGAAGUCCAGAUAUUCUGUUUCUAAUGACAGAAGCUCUGUGUCUUUAGUAGACAGUUUUCCCUGUCAUGAAAAGGUGGUGAUAAAGGAGAGGCUUGUUGAAAUUUCUGCCUGAAAUGCUGCUGUUAAAGGCCCAAAAAUUUUAAAAAAGAAGAAACGUAAAUGUUAGCAUAUGGUUCUCCUUUUAACAAAAAGCUGCAGAGAAACAGUGACACCUACAUUAAUGCAAUUUGUUCUCUGUGAAAAGAUGUUAGUAAGAUGCUGUUUUUGAAGGGAAAAUGAACUGAUAACGGGGAUGAUGUUUUCUCUCUUGUAAUCAUUUGUUUGAAAACUGAGCCCUAUGUUAAAGAGGGAUAAGUAGAAAGGUACAGCUCAUACCAGUUCUCAGAUAUUAUGAGUUUUUUCAGAUAAUUGUUGUUGUCUCAUAAAAGCAUGAAUAGAAUGGUCUUUCCCUCUUCUAGUUAAGUAUACAAUGGAACAUUACUUAUGAUGUUUUUUGUGACACAGUUCAUACAGUACAUAUGACUGCGGGUCACAUUGACAGAUGGGGUUCCAUGAAUCUCCUCAUGAUUUCCCUGGCUUAAUGUAGAGAAAACUCAACAAUAUGUUUUCAGUUUCUUUUGCUGAUUAAUGCUUGUCCAUAGAACAGCUUCCUGCUAUUGCAGCAACUCUCGGUCGCUGCAUAACUACUGAAGAAUUACAGCUGAAUUCUGUAGAGUGAGUGUGGUUCAAACUGAUUAGGAUCCAGGUUUUUUGCAUUUUUUCCCCUCUGCUGAGAUAUCCUUUCUGUCCAUUAUAUUUGUGUUAAAUUUGAAACAUAUUUGGCCACUUUGAUCUCUGGAUAUUUGGGAUGUACAAGUUGAAACUUGUAUUUCUGGGGAUUGUCUGGGAACAUCCAUGUUUAGGACAUCCUGUUUUGGACAAAGAUGUCUUAAAGGAACUUUCGUUUAAAAGAGCUUCCUAUCUAUGUGAGAUCCUUGAAGGUGGCUGCUGAAUGAUUCUCCAGAGCUUUCAUACUUUGGGAUUCAGCCAAAGUAGAUCUAGUAGAUGGAAUGCUCUGUAAAUUAACUCAUAAGCUGAGUUUACAGCUAUAUUUGUAUAUUGAAGUUCGUACUAUUCAGCUGGUCAUUUCAUUAUAAGAAAUAGAUUUUGUGUGUGAGUGAUCACCUCUAUUUGGCACAGGAAAAACUCAGUUUUCCCAUUAUUCAACUUCAGUGUAUCUUUUGCUCUGUUAAAUGGGCAGCUACUGGGUACCUUUUGACAAAAAAAAUCAUAAAGGUAAUCAUAAGAACUUCAUAUAUACACAUUUUUAUGUGUAAUAUUUUUCAGGGUUUUUUAAGUAAAAGUUCAUACUUCAUGCAUUGCUGUAAAUAAUUCAACCGUUUUUGAGGCCAGUGGAGUAGGUGCUGGCUAUCCAGGAUAUAUUUAUAAGCUGAUAUUUCUGUCUUUGGUCCCAGUGGGAUCCAUGUAGGGAGUUUCAAAAACAGAGAUCUUUCCAUUGUUACUCUUAGUAAGUCAUUUCUAUGCAACACACGGGUACUUGUAUUUCUUGAGGCAGUUCUUUUGGGCUGGGGUGUAAAAGGUUUGACACAAUCUACAAAGCAUUCACUUCCUAAAUAGUUCUGAAAUAUUCUCAUACUUCAGUAAAAAUGUGACUUCAUCUACAAAACCCUUCAUCUCUUUUCAUUUAUUGCCCAAAUAGUUUCAGUUGGAGUCUUAUCUGACUUAGUACUGAUGUGACAUUUAAAAGGCUCUUGUGCUAUUGUAGAGAAAUGGGGGAAAGUCUGCAAAGUUAGAUAACAUUGUAUAUUUUACUGUGCCAAUGAUAUUCCCACUCUGAGUGAGUGCCUGCAUACCUCAUUGGCUUUAAGCUCUGCUGUAUACAUUUCCCAAAGUAGAGAUCAGAGAAAGGUAAACAUAAUUUUCAUGUCUCUAUGGGCUAGCCAUUACACAAAGACCUACAUUAAAAUAAAUAAUUAUGUACUGCUCACUUAGAUGUGGGCAAUAAAGCAGAUUUUCCUGAUUGUUUUUUUUUUAAACUGCAGUUUUCCAAGAGGAGCUAGAAAAAUAUUAACCUGUAAAAUUGAUCCAUAUUAAAGCACAUAGAGUGUUUCACACUACUAAUAAAAACUGAAAUGGCCCUGGACUUAACACACUGAGUAUAGGUGCCACUUCUGUAAUGCUUAGAAGAGUAACAAUUCAGUAAUACAUGGAACUUGUACCAAAUUCUGGGUUUGAAGAAAACUGGGCUUAGGGAGAGAAUUUGACAAUGUUAUAAUUUCUGUAUCUGUCAUAUGUAAAUCCUAGUAUAAUUGAGCCAUUAAGGGGAACCUUAAUUUUCCCUAUCCCAUAAAUGCUUUGGAAGAAGAUAGAAUUAGUCAGUUAUUAAAUUAAUAGCAAUAUAUUGUAACAUUUACUUUCUGACUCUGGCACAUCUUUUUCGUACAGUGUGCAGAGGUUUUGUAUGCAUUACUCACCAAAGGCUAAUGAGCUCAAAGGAGUUUAAUAGUAUAUGAGAAGUAGAAUAUUUCAUAAAUAUGCCAAAUUGUGAAGUUUAGCUCCAGAACAGGCAGUGUACAUAUUUGCCUCUGCCUCUCUGUAAAUAUUGUGAAGUUUUAUUAAUUUCACACAAGAUGUGUUGCCAAAUGUCAGACUACCAAGAACAAAGAUCAAUAUUCUACACAAAGCAAAUUUUAGCAAUUUUCAGCUUUGUCUAAGAUUGUUGCCUACUGUGAAAAUUUUCAAAAUACCCAAGAUUUGCUAAGCACAAAGGAAUCGCCUUUGCCUGAAAACCUCAUAAGUGUAUGCUUGCUUGCUAGGAACUUGUUCUGACAUUUUAACUUUUACCAAAUCAUUCUUAUGUGAACUUGCUUAAGGGGGAAAGUUAGGAUGGAUUUUGAGCAGUGAUGUUAACUGCAUGUGUGCAAUACCUCUGCCACACACACACACUCUUGCACUGUGGCAGUGAACUCGGAUGAUGUCAAUUACAUUAUAUAGGAGCAAAACUGGAAGAGGCUAUUAGUACAAUGGCUGUUCCAUAUUAGCUAUCUGCUCAUCAGAAC